GAUCACUGAGAAAUUCUGCCGGGCGGUGAGCUCGCAUUUCACAUGGGCCAGCAGCCUCUGGCGCGUCUCAGCGACCUGCAAAGCACACGACAACCACGUCGACGUCGUCAUAUCUCUGCAAUUUCUCCCAUUAGCAACUCGGAAACGGAAUCGCCAUGACUACCGCCCACAGGCCCACCUUUGAUCCCGCCGUUGGCAAAGAGGCCCUCCGCGGCCCUGCCUACCACCAGCGCCUCCUCCCCGCCCACACCCAGCUCAAGUACCGACAGACCGGCCAGGGCGGCGACGCUGACGGAUCGACCCGCGACCUUGCUGCUGAGCUGCUCGCCGCCGAGGCCGCCUUCUCCAAGAAGAAGAACGGAGUUCUGGCUCCCUCGGACGACGCCGACGAGGAUGACGAUGUCGAGAUGUCUGGGGGUGUGAAGCGGUCACUGCCAUCGGCGACGGGAGAGGACGAAGAUAUGGAUGCGAAGCGGAGGCGAAUCUUGGCAGAGACGAGGGAUAUCGAUGCGGACGACGACAGCGAGGAGGACGAGGAGGACAGUGACGACGAUGACGACGACAGCGACGAUGAUUCAGAUGCGGAGCUGCAGAGAGAGCUGGACCGUGUAAGGAGAGAACGAGAGGAAAAGAAGAAGAAGGAGGAAGCCGAACGCCUCAAGGAAGAGGAGGACGCCCGGGAACGAAACAUUGCCCUCGGCAACCCCCUCCUUAACAAGCAAGAUUUUACCAUGAAGCGUCGGUGGGACGAUGACGUGGUCUUCAAGAACCAGGCCCGCGGCACCGAGGAGAAGGGCAAGAAGAAGGAGUUUGUCAACGUAAGUUCUUCAUUUCCCCUUGCGCAUCUGUAUGAAGCCUUGUCAUUCCCCGUCCUCCCUCCAUUGUUUGAUAAGCUACGGUUUCGCUGACCCUGGCCUCUCAGGAUCUCCUCCGCUCCGAUUUCCAUAGACGCUUCAUGGGCAAGUACGUUAGAUAGCUCAUCUCAGAGACGCCCAUUGUUAGACAUUAGAUACCCUCAUUCAAUUAACGUUUUCUCGACCAAUUGUCUGUGUCGAGCGACCCUGUAGUUGAUGCCUGAG